AUGUCCCAUCCGGGUCGCUGCUGGAGUUUAUUACUCUCCAGCGCUCGCAAUCGCUCAAAACCAGCACUCAUUUCUCGCAAUGGCGCCUUGAGGUUUUAUGCGCAUGAGUCCGAUGCGGCUGGCCGCAAGGCACAACACCUCAACAAGGAACAAUUGCUAAAGGCCUGGAACCAGUCUAGAGGCUCCGAUUUAUUGGCACAGAACGAUCCCGACGUCAUAGCCGGUUUUCUUGGAAAGCGUCGCAAUGUCGGAAAGCACCUCUCGUUCGCCGACCUCACCACAGUUUCAGAUGAGGUGAUCCAGCUGUGCUCCCAUGCCGCCGGUAGAUCAAAAUUGCACGAAAAGUUUCGACAAAUUCCUGCAUUUGCCCCAGUCGUUGUCCGCGCGAAAGCAGAGCCGCCACCACAAUCAGUUGCCCAAGACCAGAAUAGUUCCUCGCCCAAACGAACCCUGUAUCUUAUCGAUAUUCAAUCUUUGAGCACUGUUCCAACGGAUCUGAUUGUCACGUCCGAUGUCCAAUUUCCUCAUUCAAAACGACACCUGCAAAUUCGGUUCCAUCCUGAGCUUCGGGCCAGAUUAAAAUUCAGAUCGUGGCUUAAGGGUCAGUUAAGUCAGAGCUUGCUGGAAAAGGGAUUCACAGAUGUUGAGACGCCCACCCUUUUCAAAUCCACGUCCGAGGGGGCCCGUGAGUUCUUGGUCCCGACCAGACAAAGAGGAACGGCAUAUGCGCUCAGUCAGAGCCCUCAGCAAUAUAAACAGGUCCUUGUGGCGAGCGGUAUUAGUCGGUACAUGCAGUGGGCGAGGUGCUAUCGAGAUGAAGACUCCCGAACAGAUAGACAACCAGAGUUCUCUCAGCUCGAUAUGGAAUGGGCAUUUGCUGGCGCCGCCCAGGUUCAGUCUGAUGUAAAUGAUGUUUUGCUGGCUGCACUUUCACGGCUUCAACCAGCUCGAAGCUACAAGUGUAUACGUGGAGAGAGAAUACCACUUUUAUCCACCAUUGUCGAUGAGCCCGGGCCAGUCGACGGGCCAGCCAAAGAGCAACCUGCUCACAAAUUCACAACCCUCACAUUUGCCGAAAGUAUCGCCGCAUAUGGCUCUGACAAGCCAGACUUGCGAAUCCCCAACAGAAUACAUACUAUAGAAGAUGCCGAACCUUAUCGCAACUUUGUCAGCAUGAUUACACACCUUUCGGAUCCUCUGAUUGAGGCUUUCGUCUUCAGACUGCAAGACUGUUCGCCCUCAGACGCUCGAAAAUUUGUCAUUGAAUUUAUGGACAGUCUCCCACCCGCAUUAGCCAACAAUCCCGACGGCAAACCCCAAAUACUCAUUCACGACUCUCGACAGCCCUUGUCCGGAUUCUCCUCCGUGGGGUUCGAAUACGAAACUCUGCUCGACAAAGUUUCCCAGGGCCAGGAAAUUAAUGAUGGCGAUUUGGUAGUUUUCCAAGCUCGCGAAAAACCCAAAGGUCAAUACUGUCUCGGAUCCACCAAAAUCGGCGACAUGCGAACCGCUCUCUGGAAAGCUCUCGUGGAGGAGGGCUACAUGGAAAAACCCAAACUCGGAGACCCCGACUCGUUACAAUUUGUAUGGAUCACAGAAUUUCCCAUGUUCAAGCCCGUUGAAGAAGGGGAACCCGGCCAGGGUGGCGCAGCUGGAAUCUCCGCGGCCCAUCACCCGUUCACGGCGCCGCUUUCAGAAAGGGACCUCGAGGUUCUCUUUACUGAGCCCUUGCAAGCUCGGAGCGCCGCCUACGACCUCGUUUUGAACGGCGUCGAAAUUGGCGGUGGAAGCGAGCGUGUUCACGUUGCAGAUGUUCAGGAAUUCAUCAUGCGAGGUGUGCUGAAAAUGACGGACGACCGAAUCAGAGACUUUUCACACUUGUUUGACGCCCUCAGAGUCGGGUGUCCACCUCACGCUGGCUUUGCCCUCGGGUUCGAUAGACUCGUUGCGCUUCUCACGGACACAUCCACUAUUCGGGAUGUGAUUGCGUUUCCCAAGACCAUGAAAGGUGAGGAUCCGUUUGUGAGGUCCCCAAGCAAGCUGAAUAACGGGCAGCUUGCUCCGUAUGGGCUGCAACUCGCGUCCAAGUCCAAAUGA